AUGCAUUGGACAAAUAUCCUUCCCCUUCUAACGCUCGCCCACUCGCCGGUAACUUUAGCUCUCAGCGCCGCCCGAGUAUGGGCCAACUUCUCUCCCCAGUGCCCAGCGGACGACCACUCCUCUUACCCAGAUGAUCCCAUUCUCAAGUUGCAUGAAGAAUUUACAACAGCCGUCGACGUGGUCGCCGGGAAAUGCCAGGAAGUUCCUGUUCCUCUUCGAUACACCAUGGAGGUAGACCACGUCUCGAUUGACGCAGAGCUCUUCUGGCAGGAUAGCCUAGACCAGUGUACCAUUGCCGUGCACGAGUUGCCGGGCUGUACUGAGCCACCACUUAUACAGAAGAAGAUCGGACAUGGCGAGGCACUCAGUGAGUGUGAAGAGCGGAACUUUGCCACGUUCACUCAGGUUUGGGUUAAGUUAGAGUGUGAGCAGAUGAAGCCGGUUCAUCAUGGCAUAGCUUCUUGGUACCAUGGCAGACUUGCAAAUGAUACGGAGAGUGCUAAUAGUACUGGAGCCCAUAACAAUACUGGGAAUCACAAUAGCACCGGUUCCUACGGUGGAACUGGUGUGUUCCACAGCAGUGUUUGGAAGAAGAUAUUGGAAAAUCGUCGGGCGCGACUUAUGUCGUCCUGA